AAUUUCUUUUAAACCUUUGAACUCGUUUGAAAGUAUUGUUGUAUAACACAUCAUUUAUUAUUAAGUCGUCGAGUGAAUGUCGUUCAUUUAAUACUUAUUCUUUAAUUGUGUACCUAUAAUGCCAAUGGAUAUCAAGGAUGACGAAUUACCUGACAAAGAUGCGGCCAAGGAGUUUUAUGCUAGAUACGAACCAAAAGAAAUACUGGGCAGGUAUGUUUAAAAUAAUUUUAAAUUAUAAUAGUCAGAAAUGUCUUGUUUAUAGUGUUAUAUUUUCUAUUUGUGUCAUCAUGAUUUAUGAUUUUAGAGGUGUUAGUUCAACUGUACGGCGUUGUGUUGAAAAAGAAACCGGUAUAGAAUUUGCAGCAAAAAUUAUUGACCUUAGUAAUGAUCCAGAAAGUAGAGAAACUACUAUGGAAGAAAUUAAUAUACUUAGAAUGGUUAUUGGACAUGAAUACAUUAGUAAAUAGAAUAUUAUAAUUUUUAUAAAUUAAAAAUUAAAAACUGAUUGUGUAAAUAUUAAUUUUUAAAAAUUAAUUUCAGUUCAUUUACAUGAUGUAUUUGAGUCAGAGACAUUCAUAUUUUUGGUCUUUGAGAUUUGCAGAAAUGGCGAAUUGUUUGACUAUUUAACCAACGUUGUAACAUUGUCAGAAAAAAAAACCAGAUAUAUUAUGAGGCAAUUGUUUGAGGCUUUACAACAUGUCCAUAGACAAGGUGUUGUUCAUAGAGAUAUUAAACCAGAAAAUAUAUUGCUUGAUGAUGCAUUGGAUAUAAAGCUUACAGAUUUUGGAUUCGCAAGUGUUUUAAAACCAGGUCAAUUACUUAGAGGUGAGUUGAUAAAAUAAAAUAUUACAAUUUUUAAUUUUAUUUAUAAUUUGUGCACAUAAAUAAUUAUUUUUACUGCCAUUAUUCCAAUCAAAGUAUUUAGAAUAUUUUAUAAUUUCAACAUUUUCAUAUUAUAUAGGUACAUUAAUAUAUUGGUAUAUUAUGUAAUUAUUUAAAAAAAUAAAUUUAAAAUACUUCAUAAUAUUAUUUCACAAUUAAAUUUGUUAAGUUUAUUUAAAAAGUAGGUUUUGCAUUAUAUUUUAGUUAUAAAUUUGCUAUAGUAUUGAUUGUCAUUCAUUUUUUUAUUUGCUUCAUUUCGUUACUAUUUUAAACCUUAUUAUUUUUGGAACCUAUUUUUUUGUUUUAUGUUAUUUACUUUAUUUAUAUGCCAUUGGCAAAAUUUACAUGGAAAACCUUCAUUAAUAAUAAUAUUAUUUUGAUUAAUUUGUUGUCUACUGGCUACAAACUCUGUGGUUAGUACCACGGUUGUAGUUUAAAAACAUGAACCAUAUCAAGUUAGAUUAUGCUAAAUUUAAAUUAUAAACAAUAUAGAUAAAAUUUGUAAAAUUAAUUUGAUAUUUUAAAUAUUGAGAACUGCCAUAUCUAAUGAAUAAGUGAUUCUGUUCAUUUUGUUUUUUUUUUCACAUAACAGAACAGGUCACUUCACAUACAGCUAAUUAUCUGUAUCUAUAAUUAUAUAUUUACCCCAUAACACCAUAUAUUUAUAUUUUAGAUUUAUGUGGUACUCCAAAUUAUUUAGCACCGGAAGUAUUAAGAGUAAAUAUGUUUGAUGAUGCUGAAGGAUAUGGAUUUUCAUGUGAUCUGUAAUUAUCUAUUUAUAAUUAUUAACUAAUUUAAUUUGAAAACUAUUUUAAAUCAAAUUUUAAAAUAUUAAAAAAAGAAAUAUAUGAAUGGUUCUCUCUAAAAUUUCAUAAUAUAUAUGAUUUACAAUAAUUUCUGUUGAUAAUCUUUAUAAUGUAUACCCAUGGUUCUAUCAAUAUAUUUUAAGAGAUUUUUACAUAUUAAAUAUUAAUUAAUAUACUAUAGAAUUUUUCUAGUUAAUUUCUAGAUAAAUAAAUCUAUUAUUGCUUUCAAUAUGUACAUAUUCAUAGAAUCAUUUAAAGUUUAAAUUAUGAAAAUGAAAAAGAUUGCAUGAAAUGCAAUUCUUUAAUAUUAUUAAACAUGUUUUAAAUUUCUAUUUAUACAAUAAUCCCUUUAUUAAUUAUAUUACAUAUAUUUUUUCAAGAUGUUCUUAAUUUUAACUUUUUGUUUUUAAAGUUAAAUCUAUUCAAUUCAAAACACACUGUGUAUACAUAAAACAGUAAAUUAUACAUAUAACCAUAGACAUAAUAACUAGUUAUUAGGUCUAUGCAUAUAACAUGGAUUGAAAAAAAGAACUUGAUAUGUUAGGGUAGGUGGAUAUAUCUUAUGCAUAAUGUAUAAUAUAAAUUAUAGUAUGUUGUAAUAAUUAACUCAAUAAUAUUAAUCACUUGUUUUUGUUAAUUCUAAAAUAGUAGAAAGUAAAUAUUUUAUUCUAAAUAUAGUUUAAGUUGUUGUCAAAAAAUUAUUAAAAAUAUGAGCAAAAUCUGAUUUAGAAUAAAUAACAUUUAUAUGCUAAAUGUUCAAAAUUAUAAAUAGUUAAAUAAACCAUAGUAACAUGUAAUUGAAAAUAUUAAUACAUUCAAUAAAAUAAUUAUGUGUUCACGUCUUUAUUGCUAAAUAUUUCUUUGAAUUUUUCAUCAAUAUUAAAAUUAACAUUGACUAUUUAUUAUACAUAGACACAUAGUAUAGAUCUCCAAUCAUGUUUUUCUUUACAUCAGGAGUGGCACUUCUGAUAAUAUUACCUAUAACAUAAAAAAUAAUCUAUACAGAAUAUUUUAUGUUUUUUUUUAUUGAGUACCUAAACUAUAUAUAUAAUGAAUAAAAACAUAUACAGUGUAUAGAUCACUUUCAUAUGUAAAUUGAUACAUAGUCUUAUGUGAUUAUAUAAAUUAUAAAUCAAAUAAAAAGAUCUUAUAAAUUAAAUAAUAUUUAGAAUUUUUAAAAGCUAAUUUCUCAUAGUAUCUAACUAAUAUUUUUAAUGAUAUUAACUUGUAUAAAAAUACAUGUAUAAUAUUCAAAGUAGAUAAUAAUAUAUAUUCAAUAAUAUUUCUUUGUGUAAUGUUUUAUUUUUUUGAAUUAUUCUAUGUACUGUAUAGAUUUUCUUCUUUUUUUUAUAGAUGGGCAUGUGGAGUAGUAAUGUAUACAUUGUAAGUUAUUAAAAUACUUGUAGUAAUGCUCAAAAACAGUUUUUAUGGUAAUGACUUUAUUGUAGAUUAAUUGGUUGUCCUCCAUUUUGGCAUCGUAAACAGAUGGUUAUGCUCAGAAAUAUAAUGGAAGGAAAAUAUUCAUUUGAUUCUCCAGAAUGGCAAGAUAUUUCUGGUAAAAUGAAAUACUUUUUUUAAAAUUUAAAUGCAAUUUUAAUUGUAUUACAAUUUUUAGAUUUACCGAAAGAUUUAAUACGAAAACUUUUAGUUUUGAAUCCAAAAGAAAGAUUAACAGUGGAUGAAGCUCUGGAACAUCCAUUUUUUAAUGUUAAAGUAUGUUCAUAUUUUAUAAGUUAUAUUUUAUUUUUAUUAUUAAUAUACUAAUUUUAGAUGUUUGAUCAAGAAAUUGUACCUCUUAAAAGAACACUUAGCAUGAAAUCAACAAAAUUCAAUCAAAUAACAAAACUAGCUAAACAAAUUAAAGUGCGGCCAUUUAAUGCCCGUAAGAAAUUUUUAUAUGCCAUUCUAGUAGUACGUGUUAUGGUAAGGUUAUUAAGGUUGUUACCUUGUUCAACUGGUAAAAUUUCCGUGAAUUUGGCUAAACAAGACCCUUAUAGGCAUAAAAUUAUGAGAAAAGUAAGUAAAAGGUGGGAUUUAGUUGAAUUUUAUAAUAUUUUUGCACUAUAUAAUACUAUUAUUUUUGUAGCUCAUUGAUGCAAUGGCAUUUAGAGUUUAUGGUCAUUGGAUUAAGAAGGGUGAAGGGCAAAAUCGAGCAGCUCUCUUUGAAAAUGUACAUAAGACUGAAUUAAAAGUAAUUUACAUGAGUAAUUUAUCACCAUCAUUAUAGAUUUUUGAGUAAUUUAGUUUUCUGUAAGUAGUCAUUAUACACUGUGUGUUCAAUUAUUUUAUGAAAAUAAUUAACUAAAACCUAAUUGAAGUUAGUAUCUUCUACUGUGAACUUUUGAUAUAUUUUAUUAUAUUAAUGAUUUUAUAAUUAAGUACUAAUAAUUUAACUAUAGUAAAACUUAUUAAAAUAGUUAUGAAAUCAUGAUUGAAAUUGUAUAUUUAAAUUAUGAGGGUUUUUUUUUUUAAUAAACUUACCAACUAAGCAAUAAAAUCAUGUAUAUAAAGUAUUAAAUUAAAAAUAUUUUAAUCAGUUAUAUAACUUGUACAUAUUAAAUUUUAAAAUAAUAAUAAAAAAACAAAAUUUAAAUUAGAUAUGCUCAGGAGAAAAAUUAAUAAUACAAUUAAUAACAGAUGUUUUAUGAUUUUCUUAUUAUAGUAAAUUAUUACUGAUAGAGAUAAAGUUACUAACCAUUUUUGUAUUAACUAUCUCUAAUGAAAUCCCUUUAAGUCAUGUAAUGAAGAGAAAAGCAGUGGUGGUUAUAUCCUAGGUUGAUUCAAAUCCACAGAGGUAAUGAACAAUUAGGUUUUAAAAUAUAGGUUUAGAUAAUAAUAUAGUGGUGAUGAAAAUACCAAGGGAAGGCAAUCCACCAACCACCCUUUACCCGUUAUCUGCCACUAAAGGUAGCCAUGAAAGUACAAUCAAAUAGGAAUGAAAUUCCUUAAGGCACUAAAAACUUAAUCAUUAUAAUAUUUAUCUAGUAAUUUAAAUGAGCACAAACACAAAAAAUUAGUUUUUUUUUAAUAUUUAAAAGAAUAUUCAAUUCUAAGGAUAAUGGUAUAAGUUUAACAUUUUUACUCAUAUUAAUUAAUGAGUUAUGCGGAAUGGAAAAAAGACAAGUGACUUCAUUGGGCUGAGCUCGUGGAAAUUGCCUAUCUUAUACAUGUAAAUGUUGCUCACUUCACACAAUAAUUUACAAAUUUAUAAAUCAAAAAAUUGGUUUCAAUCAAAACAGAUAAAUAAAUGAUGAUUUGGUUUUAUUGUAUGUUAAAUAUAUAUAAUAUCAUAUAUCAUGUAAUAUGUUAUAUCUGUUCAUUGGAUAAAUUUGAAUUAUACAAUUUUUUAUGAUCAUUUUUGGUGACAAUAUUUUUCACCAUAUCAAUGAAGAAACAUGACUAAAAUAUGAUUGGAAUUCCAAUUAGCAGAACACAGUAGAUACAUUUAUUUUCAAUGAAUCAAUACUCCAGGCAACACAUCAAUUCAUUUAUUUGUUUUGUUUUUAUGUACACAUUUUUUAUUUAUAUAUUUAUUUACUUUAAUUGUGUAUUGUACAAUAUGUUAAAUUAAAUGAAAACUGUAAUCAAAAAAAUAGUUGAAAAUUAAAGGAACAGAACACUUCUAGAUUUCAAAAUCUGAACUGAUUUUACCAAUUUAUGAAAAUAUUAUAAAUUUAUUUAUUUUCCUCAGGAUCAAAUCUGAAAAUGAUGAAAAAAUGUAAUUUUAAACCACUUUUCAAGUUAUAAUUUAAAUAAUAUGAAUUUAUUUUAAAAAAUAAUUAUUACUUGUGUUUAUUAAUAAAAGUAUAUGAUACUAUCUAUUAUUUAAACCUAAUUUAAUUGAAAUAUUAUGUAUAUUGUUGAAAUAUUGAACAUUAUUUGGGUUAAUAUUUGAUAGGAAUAAUAAUUUCAAUUCAUUACUAUGUUAAAGCAACUGCUUGGCACUAGAAAUAUGGGAAAGGGGUAGUAGGGUGGCAAUUUGGGUAAUAUUUUAAUAAUUUGUUUAGACUUUUUGACAUAUACCAGUGACACUAUUGAAUGUAUUAACUAAUUAAAAUAUUUUAGUUUCAUGUUUUGGUGUAUUAAAAAAAAGAACAUUUUUCUAAUAUAG